GAUCUGCUUUUUUGCUGUUGGCAAUUGUGUCGGAAAAAAAAUUGAGGUUACCGUCGUGAAUUAAAUGUGAAUUUUCUUUUUGAUUUACUUAAAAAKCAUGUUGCGACGAAUUAACGCUGUUGUGGAACCACUUACGAAACAUUUGCAUUUUCAGAACAAUUUAAGGAUUGUUUCUACAUGCAACAUUAAGGCGCAACAGUUUUGUACAUCUUCUACUACAGUACCACAGCCUAAAAAAACUGUGAGUAAAGCAAUGAAAGCAUACUUAGAAAGAGCUAGAGAACAUGAAGAAUUUAUGAAACAACAAACCUUAGAAUUUGAAAUUGGAAAGCGGCAUUUGGCGAAUAUGAUGGGGGAGGAUCCUGAAACGUUCACACAGGGAGACAUUAAUAACGCUAUACAAUACUUAUUCCCGUCAGGGUUAUUUGAGAAAAAAGCUAGACCUUUUAUGCGCCCUCCAGAGGAGAUUUUUCCUCUGAGGAAAGCUGCAGAAUUUGAUGAAACUGGGCGGCCUUACAACUUUUUGUUUUAUACAGGAAAAGCCAAUUAUUAUAAUCUUAUGCAUGAUAUUGUUGAGCGUAUUAAUGAUUGCUACAAGUUUGAAGAUUCCAUGAUAAGAAAAGGGGUCAAAUAUGAUCCUACUUUACAACUAGACUUGUCUGGACACCAAUGGCUAGAUAAACCUUCUUUAGAAAAAGAACUUGUAGAAACAAUUGGGGAUAAAGAUUAUGAUAGUUUCACUACCACCAUGGAGAGACUUUGUAUGUUACCAUACUCGUACAGAUUUAAAGAUUUUAUUUUCAAGUAUCGAAAACCCUUAAUGACCCAGGAACAAACUUACCAAGCUCCUAAACCUCAGUAUGAUGCUGAAGGCAGAGCAUUUGUAACAACUUACGAAUGUUUGAGGAAGAGAGCACGCGGCCACGUGACCAUUCGUUCCCCCGGGACAGGUAAAAUUACCAUAAACGGUGAGGAUAUUUCAUACUUCAAGGAAACUCAYUCCAGAGAACAGGUAUUGUUUCCUCUGUUGUUCUCGAAUAUGUUGGGUAAAGUGGACAUUGAGGCGGAAGUGGAAGGUGGCGGCAUUUCGAGUCAAGCUGGGGCUAUCCGCUGGGGCAUAGCCUGGGGUCUGAGGAGUUUCCUCGAUCAAGAUACGAUCGAAAAGAUGCGAUUAGCUGGUUUGUUGACGAGGGACUACCGAACCAAAGAAAGAAAGAAGCCAGGACAGGAAGGUGCAAGAAGGAAAUUCACUUGGAAAAAACGUUAGUUGUAUUACAAAUAGUUCAAUAAAAUAAUUCACAUUUC